UCCUACUUGCUGCUUAACACUCAGCCGCUCGGAGACUGCAGCAAGCGCCGCGGAGCUCUUAUCCCAGCACUUGCCUGGCAGAAAAGUGCAGGCUCCUGGACGAGUCUCUCUCUCUCUGGCGCCUGCUUCUUCGUGGGCAUUGCCCCCCGCCCCCCACCUUGCACAGCACGUGUGCGUGCGCACCUUUCUCUCUCCCUCCUUGGGCGCCUCACUUAAUAAUUUUGCCUCAUCCUGGAUGCAGUUGCUGGAUCCUGCAGUACAAGUCUUCAUGAACAAGCUGCACCGCUUACAGAUUUCACGGCAUUCAAAGGUCACAGAUUUGCCACUAUGGUUAAAUGUCUUGUUUAAUGGUUGAGAGGUGUGGAGAAAUCUCAUUUGAUAGUCCAGAGCAGAAUGCCAAAUGUGUUCGCAUGCUAGGAGAUGCACGGCUGAGAGAUCAGACAGGGGUUCUCUCUGAGCGACGUGGUUCCUAUCCAUUUAUAGAUUUCCGUCUUCUCAACAAUACCAUUUACUCAGGGGAAAUUAGCACAAAGAAAAAGGUAAAGAGACUGUUAAGCUUUCAGAGAUAUUUCCAUGCAUCCAGGCUCUUGCGUGGGAUCGUACCACAAACUUCAUUGUAUUUGCUGGAUGAAGACUAUCUUGGUCAAGCAAGGCACAUGCUAUCCAAAGUGGGAAUGUGGGAUUUUGACAUUUUCUUGUUUGACCGCUUGACAAAUGGAAACAGCCUAGUAACCCUGCUGUGCCACCUCUUCAACGUACAUGGGCUUAUCCAUCAUUUCCAGUUAGACAUGGUUACAUUACACAGAUUCUUAGGAAACAGCCUAGUAACCCUGCUGUGCCACCUCUUCAACGUACAUGGGCUUAUCCAUCAUUUCCAGUUAGACAUGGUUACAUUACACAGAUUCUUAGCUGACCAAGAUUAUUGCUCUUCCCCACAGUGCCCCUCCUGUCCCCUCCCUAAAUCUUGUCAGUGUGGAGCAGCAGCAGUAGAAGCCAAUAAGCAGCCCCGGUCCUUGAAAAGCAAUCUUAGCCUGAGUGCACUAAAGAUGUAUGUGUGCAGCACGCUUGCUAACUUCCUCACACCUCUGGACAUUAUGCUGGGACUACUGGCUGCUGCAGCACAUGAUGUAGACCAUCCAGGCGUCAACCAACCAUUUUUGAUAAAAACCAAACACCAUCUUGCCAGUUUAUACCAGAAUGUCUCUGUAUUAGAAAACCAUCACUGGCGAUCUACAGUAGGCAUGCUUCGAGAGUCCAGGCUACUCGCACAUCUGCCAAAGGAAGAGAGGCAUGACAUUGAACAGCAGCUGGGCUCUCUGAUCUUAGCAACAGACAUCAAUAGGCAGAAUGAAUUUCUGACUCGUUUGAAAGCCCAUCUCCAAAAUCAGGAUCUGAGAUUAGAAGACGCACCUGAUAGGCAUUUUAUGCUUCAGAUUGCACUCAAGUGUGCAGACAUCUGCAAUCCUUGCCGGCUCUGGGAGAUGAGCAAACAAUGGAGUGAACGAGUUUGUGAGGAAUUCUAUAGGCAAGGUGACCUGGAGCAGAAAUUUGACCUGGAAAUAAGUCCUCUUUGUAAUCAGCAGAAAGACACAAUCCCUAGUAUACAAAUUGGCUUCAUGACCUACAUUGUGGAGCCACUCUUUGAAGAAUGGGCCAACUUUACUGGGAACACUCCCUUAUCAGAAAACAUGCAGAAUCAUCUGCGGAGGAACAAGGCCAAGUGGAGGAAUUUGCUUCACAAGCAACACAGCAGCACUGACCACUCAGGUCAAGGAACUGAAAAUGAAGAACAGACUUUAAAUGAAGGAGAAACCCCAUAGUGGCAGCUUCCCACUUUGCGCUGUAGUGCCACUGCCUUUCACAACUGUGAACAAAAAAUGCUAAGGGCCCGUUGGGCCAUCGUUAACCAAGCAGGAAGGGAGGAAAGUAGGGAGGAAAAGAGAAGAUGUGGGAGCUCUCCCCAGUAAAGCCCACACUCCUGGGUUUGAUGCUAAAGCUGAAUCCCACUUCCUCAUCUUAAAAGCUGAAGCCAUUCAUCACUUCUGAUCAUGAACUGCUUAAAUGAGAAGCUUCAUUCAGUAGUGCUGAAACUGGGCCAGUAAAGUGGGUGCCAACUACCAAGAGGCUUCAAGGGGACAGGCAAGACCAGUGCACUCUUGGUUAUCGGUUUCAUUCACUUCAGAGCCAUACUGUGACAUGGCUCUCUGAAUGAAGGCCUGAAGCAGUGUACAGUCUUCAGUCUGGCAGCUGGGCCGCACAUCAAAAUCACCACCAGCAUUGUCAGAACUCAGAGGAAAUCUGGCUGCACAGAAGAAAAAGUGUCUCAUUUUAAAUAAUUAAAAGUCUUUUUAAUUUUUGUAUUUGGUGCACUGGACAAAGAAUCUAGGAGCCUUGAACUAAGGUUAUUCUGUAUACUCAAAGCUUUUUCAUGGUAGUGCCCAUUUUGUUAAUCAUUUUAUGCCACUUUAGAUACGACUGACAUUCUUCUCACUGCAAGAACAGUUUUCCUAGCAAAUCAAAGGGAAGAGUUGUACAGUCUAAAUGUUUCCAGAUGUCUCUUUGGACAAGUGUAUCCGUGAUCCGUUUAUAUUCGCACAUGUACAUCUCCUGUAUAUAUAAAGCGCUACUGAUUCCCAUGCCAAAAUACGGAAGUAUUAUGGGAAAGCUAUCUGUAUAAACAAUGGCACUGUGAACAAAAUACUGUUAGUUUUAGUAUCUGAUGCAUUUGUAAAUAUGUUAUAGACUAUUAAUAGUUUUGUUUGCAGAUAAAGGCCUUAACUUUUAGCAUCCUUCACUUUCUGACGGUUACCAAACUCCUGUCAUUUCAGUGUGGCCUGCUUUCACUU